UCUAACAACAUUUGAUCUGCGCGUUUUGCGAAUUUGUGCUAAUAAAAUGCCAAUAAUCAAACCUAAAAUUUCGUCUGCAUGUCCUGACUAGUUAUAAACUAUGUGGUAAUUUGUCUAUUGGAUAAACAAAAGAGUAAAAAAGUAACAGCAUAAAAGAGUAAGAGAGUAAGACAGUGAGCUGAAGUUUACCAAAAGAUGGAAUAACCCAAUCUCAGUCGGACAGUAAAAACGAAAGAUUUAGAUGCGAGAUCAAAUAACUAAAAUAGCGGGUGGACAAUACGCAAGACUCGGAGAUUUUCCGUACAUAGUAGUGGUGCAUCAAAUCCUAGGUAACGGAAUGGUCGGACAAUGCGGAGGAACAAUCUUAUCAAAAAGAUGGGUUCUCACAGCCGCUCAUUGUGCGGAAAAAUACCCACGAAGAUUUUUGGUAAUUUUCGGUAUUGUUAACGUCCCUCAUGGGAUAAGCUACGAUACUCAUCAAGGACCCGGUGGAUCCAUGAUGGCGACUCAAGCGGUCGUACAUCCAUAUUACAGUGCGGGCUUGAAUGAUAUUGCUCUAAUUUAUAUGCCGCAUGAUAUUCCGUUCUCCAGAACUAUUCGACCGAUAAACCUUGCUUAUGAAGACUCAGAAAAUUUUGACGGUAAAUCUGCUUUUGUAAUCGGUUGGGGAAUAGAUCACACGAAUGGCCAAGCUUCGACAAGACUUCAGUACGCUGCACUGCCGAUUAUUAAAAAUACUGUAUGUAGGCAAUUCUGGUAUCAAAUCACUGAGAAAGAGGUUUGCACGGCACCAGGAUUAGGACGAGACGCUUGUCAGGGCGACAGCGGUGGCCCACUCGUUGUAGUGGAAAAUGGCAUGGACAUUCAAAUCGGUAUUGUGAGUUACGGAGACGCAUAUUGCCCUAGUAAUGCACCCGGCGUUUUCACUAGGGUUUCUUCGUAUACAAGCUGGAUUCACGAAACUAUAAUGAGAUCGUUUGAUCUGUCAGGCUAA